AAAUCAGAUGGGGAGCAUUUGCAACCAAAUAGCGCCGCUGGGUCGGGUGCUUUAGAACAUGAUCCUUGUUGCUUGUAUCGUCCUCCAACAGUUGGUGUUAUGAGCGCAGCAGCCAUUAGCAAUGCCCUAAAUGCGAGUAAUAAAAUAGAGCAAUGUCCUGGUCCACUGCCUUUAGGUGUGGCAGUUAUUGAUAUGUCGGUUUCGUUAUUCGGCCUAAUCUUUCCAAAAGUCGCCAACAAACACCGUUUACAGAUGUUGGAACAUUUUGGUGAGUGCAUUCGACAAGCUAAAAGCAGCCGCCAAGAAGCUGUGCAAAUGAAUAUAUUCACUGCGCUCCUAAGCGGUCUAAAAGGUUUAACCGAUAGUAAAUCAGGCAUUGGUGAAGAAAACGUUAAGAAAAGUGCAACUAAUUUGAUUGUUGCUGCAUUGGUCAGCUCAAAUGCUACACUACGUUGUGCAGCUGGCGAAGCACUUGGACGUAUGGCACAAGUCGUAGGCGAUUCUCGAUUUACGGCUGAAUUGGCACAAAAUUCAUUUGAUAAACUAAAAUCUGCCAGAGAUGUUAUAACGCGUACAGGUCAUUCUUUGGCUUUAGGAUGUUUGCAUCGUUACGUUGGUGGCAUGGGGUCUUCACAGCAUUUAAAUACAAGUGUAUCUAUACUGUUGGCACUAGCACAAGACACCUCAUCACCAGUUGUGCAGGUUUGGUCGUUGUAUGCUCUAUCGCUUAUAGCCGAUUCCGGUGGGCCGAUGUUCCGUAAUUAUGUAGAAGCUACUCUAUCGUUAAGUUUGAAACUUUUACUUGCGGUACCACACUCUAAUGUUGAUGUACACCAGUGUGUUGGACGUUUGCUGAAUGCAUUAAUUACAACUGUUGGUCCAGAAUUACAAGGUAAUGCAGUCGCUGUUUGUGCUAUGCGGUCUUCAUUCUUGUGCGCGGCUUCGAUAAUGCAAGCACACUCCGAUCCACUUGUGCAGGCUGAAGCUACCGGUUGUCUACAGCAAUUGCAUCUGUUUGCUCCGAAAACCGUGAACCUAUCAACUCUAGUGCCUACACUAGUUAAUACAUUAUCAAGUAAUUAUCUUAUGUUACGCAAAGCUGCUGUACGUAUGGCUCGACAGUUAUCACAUCGAGAAGCUAAAGAAAUAUGUGAAUUAGCGCUUUCAAUUACACCAGAACAGUAUCCGGAUCUUGUCAUCACCGAGUUUGGGCUUCCUGGUUUAUUAUUCGCUAUGCUAGAUUCAGAAACUGAUGCUGAAAUGUUGAAAAAUAUACACGAUACGCUUACUUCCAUGUUACAAAUGUUAGCAUCAGAUAACCUUAGCUCUUGGUUAAGCCUUUGUAAGAAUGUUUUGACUGUUGCUGUGGAAAAUGCAGCAAUACAAGAUGAAAGUAACACAACAAAAAGUGAUCCUUCUAAUAAGAAUUCAAAUGCAGCAGAUAAUGCAACAAAAGAUGAUAAUGACGAUGAUGAUAAUGCGGAUGAUGAUGAUGUCGCUGAAUAUCAUGCUGAGGAAAAUACUUCAACACAUCCUGCUGUGCAGCCACGCUGGCCUACACGUGUAUUUGCUGCGCAAUGUGUUCGGAAAAUUAUCUCCACUUGUGAAUCAGCAAAUCCUAUACAUUUUGAUUUGAUACAAGCUAAAGAAAUGCAAAUGAUUAAAUCUCGUGGUGAUUAUUUAAUUUUACAUUUAGCAGAAUUGAUACGUAUGUCAUUCAUGGCUGCAACUUCUGACUCAGAUCAAUUACGUUUAGAGGGGUUACGUACACUACAGGAAAUUAUAGAUCGAUUUGCUGGUGUGCCUGAACCGGAAUUUCCUGGUCAUCUAUUAUUGGAACAAUUCCAAGCACAAGUUGGUGCUGCCUUAAGGCCUGCAUUUUCACCAGAUACACCAUCACAUGUAACUGCGGCAGCAUGCGAAGUUUGCUCAGCUUGGAUUGGUUCUGGAGUAGCACGAGAUUUGAAUGAUUUACGACGCGUACAUCAGUUGUUAGUAUCAUCACUUGAUAAAUUACACUCGAAAACCAACAGCACACAACUUUACAACGAAUCUAUGGCUACACUAGAGAAAUUAAGCAUUUUAAAAGCUUGGGCUGAAGUAUACAUUGUUGCUAUGAUCGGCAAUGGUUCAGCACCGGCUUCUAUGUUUCAGAAGAAACUAACAACAACCAACAGCAUUUCGCCAUUAACUACAGGCUUAGACUUAGAUAAUGGUGAUUUAAUGAAUGAUGAUUUCGGUGAUUUUGAAAGUCACGGUGAAAGUUUGUUAAGCUUAGUUAAGCCAGAAUUAAGCAAUUUAUCGACGCAUUGGCUGGCAGCUAUGAAAGAUCACGCGCUUUUAUUAUUACCAGCUGAGUUUCAAAGUCAGUUACCACAUGAUGGAGGUGCAUUUUACACUACUGAUACCAUAAACUCUUCCAAGCCUCACUAUUUGACAUCAUGGCCCCCAAUACUUUAUGCAGCUUCCUUAUGGCUUAAGGAUGAAGGAUUUGCUUUACAUUUAAACACGAACUCCGCUAAUUCUAAUGGUGUUGCGGAUAAGACAAAUUUUGAAGCUAAUAAUAAUAUAACACAUGGUUCACUAUCAGCAGAUCGUUUCCAUAUGAUAUUUGGAAUUUGUAUGCAAGCAUUAUGUAGUACACGUACUUCGGAAAAACCCAAAAAUGUUUUAAGUUGUCUACAAUCUUUAUACACAAUUUUCGAUUCGAAUUGGGCACGACAACAGUUAGUCAAAGAUAAAGCUUUAACGAUUGAACUUUGCAACGUUUUACAUCGCCAAAUUUUAACGCGAGAUGAGUUAUUGGUGCAGUUACUCUGCAUGGAAAUUCUCAAGCAAUCCAUACAAGCCGCAAAAGAAGACUUGGAAACAAAAAAGAAUGUAUAUCUGGAACAGCACAAAAAUACGGAUAAUAGUGAAAAUAUUUCACUAAACACAGAAAUAGAAAACUUAGGCGAAGGUGGUACUAAAGGUGAAAUUCCGCCUGGCGAUUCACAUGUGUAUGCAGUUUUAGAAGUGUGCUUAUGCGUUUUUGUACGACAGAUACCAACUAUGAAUCCUAGUGCUGCCAGCAAAUUAAGCACAAUACAAUUUCAGCAAGAACUAGCAGCAAAAAAUAGUUCUUCGCAGUCUUUCUUUUCAGUACUAUCUGAAGAUAAUGGUAUGCUAGUUGCAAGUGGUCUACAAUGU